GGUGAUUUAAGGUGCGGAUAUUUGAGAAGGUAUCCCAGCAAAUCAGUGAACCAAAGGAUAAGUACUGAAUAAACGAACCCAAAACACUAUUUAUUAAACCAGUUGGAUUUCAUCUUGACAGAAGAACAACUUUUAUUCAUCAUGUAUUUUCUGAAAUUAAAAGAAAGAGACAAGAAAAGACUUAAAGGAAAAUAAAUGAAGAUGUUUCAUAAAUAAGCCAUGUCAGCUGUGUUCUGGUGAGGACAAUUCAGCGAUGUCAAAUCUUUUGCAUAUCCUUGGUUGUGGUCCUAAAGACAAGACUCUUUUUUGAUGGGACUGAAAUUAAGAGAGGUAGGACCUUUUGUGCAUUCAACUCAGUGAUAAAACUUGCAAUCAUCGACAUGAGUGGCUUAAAAGAGGAAAUAAAGAAGGUUUCAACUAAAUCCCAAAGUGCCACCAUUUUUUCUUACUGCUGAUUUUUUGAAAACCUCUUCAUAGCUGUUUAGAACGAAUCGACAACUAUUUUAAAAGAUUAAAGAAAGGCAGAUGUCUGCAAAUAAUUCCCCUCCAUCAGUCCAGAAGUCUGUAUUACCUGCAACUCUUCCUGCUGUGCUUCCAGCUGCUUCUCCGUGUUCCAGUCCUAAGACGGGCCUCUCUGCCCGACUCUCCAAUGGAAGCCUCAGUGCACCAUCACUCACCAACUCCAGAGGCUCAGUGCAUACAGUUUCAUUUCUACUGCAGAUUGGCCUCACACGGGAGAGUGUUGCCGUUGAAGCCCAAGAACUGUCUUUAUCUGCUGUCAAGGAUCUUGUGUGCUCCAUUGUUUAUCAAAAGUUUCCAGAGUGUGGAUUCUUUGGCAUGUAUGAUAAAAUACUUCUCUUUCGCCAUGACAUGAACUCAGAAAAUAUUUUGCAGCUGAUUACCUCAGCAGAUGAAAUACGUGAAGGAGACCUAGUAGAAGUUGUUCUUUCAGCUUUGGCCACAGUAGAAGACUUCCAGAUUCGUCCACAUACUCUCUAUGUACAUUCUUACAAAGCUCCUACUUUUUGUGAUUAUUGUGGUGAGAUGCUCUGGGGAUUGGUACGUCAGGGACUGAAAUGUGAAGGCUGUGGAUUAAAUUAUCAUAAGCGAUGUGCCUUCAAGAUUCCAAAUAACUGUAGUGGAGUAAGAAAGAGACGUCUGUCAAAUGUAUCCUUACCAGGACCUGGCCUCUCGGUUCCAAGACCCCUACAACCUGAAUAUGUAGCUCUUCUCAAUGAAGAGUCACAUGUUCACCAAGAACCAAGUAAGAGAAUUCCUUCUUGGAGCGGUCGCCCCAUCUGGAUGGAAAAGAUGGUAAUGUGCAGAGUGAAAGUCCCACAUACGUUUGCCGUCCACUCUUACACCCGACCCACGAUAUGUCAGUACUGCAAGCGGCUACUGAAAGGCCUCUUUCGCCAAGGAAUGCAGUGUAAAGAUUGCAAAUUCAACUGCCAUAAACGCUGUGCAUCAAAAGUACCAAGAGACUGCCUUGGAGAGGUUACUUUCAAUGGAGAACCUUCCAGUUUGGGAACAGAUGCAGAUAUACCAAUGGACAUUGACAGUAAUGACAUGAGUAGUGAUGGUAGUCGGGGCUUAGAUGACACGGAAGAGCCUUCUCCCCCGGAGGAUAAAAUGUUCUUCCUGGAUCCAUCUGAUCUUGAUGUGGAAAGAGAUGAAGAAGCCGUUAAAACAAUCAGUCCAUCAACAAGCAAUAAUAUUCCACUAAUGAGGGUUGUACAAUCCAUCAAGCACACAAAGAGGAAGAGCAGCACGAUGGUGAAGGAGGGGUGGAUGGUCCAUUACACCAGCAGGGAUAACCUGAGAAAGAGGCAUUACUGGAGACUUGACAGCAAAUGUCUAACGUUAUUUCAAAACGAAUCUGGAUCGAAGUAUUAUAAGGAAAUUCCACUUUCAGAAAUUCUCCGUGUAUCUUCCCCUCGAGAUUUUACAAACAUUUCACAAGGCAGCAACCCACACUGUUUUGAAAUCAUCACUGAUACUAUGGUAUACUUCGUUGGUGAAAACAAUGGAGACAGCUCUCACAAUCCUGUUCUUGCUGCCACUGGUGUUGGACUUGAUGUAGCACAGAGCUGGGAAAAAGCAAUUCGCCAGGCUCUCAUGCCUGUUACUCCUCAAGCAAGUGUUUGCACGUCUCCGGGGCAGGGGAAAGAUCACCAAGAUUUGUCUACUAGUAUCUCUGUAUCUAAUUGUCAGAUCCAGGAGAAUGUGGACAUCAGUACUGUUUACCAGAUCUUUGCAGAUGAGGUACUUGGCUCAGGCCAAUUUGGCAUCGUUUAUGGAGGAAAACAUAGAAAGACUGGAAGGGAUGUGGCAAUUAAAGUAAUUGAUAAGAUGAGAUUCCCCACAAAACAAGAAAGUCAGCUCCGUAAUGAAGUGGCUAUUUUACAGAAUCUGCACCAUCCUGGGAUCGUAAACUUGGAGUGUAUGUUUGAAACCCCAGAGAGAGUCUUUGUGGUAAUGGAAAAGCUGCAUGGAGACAUGUUGGAAAUGAUUCUGUCGAGUGAGAAAAGCCGGCUUCCAGAACGAAUUACUAAAUUCAUGGUCACACAGAUACUUGUUGCUUUGAGGAAUCUGCAUUUUAAGAACAUAGUGCACUGUGAUUUAAAGCCAGAAAACGUGCUGCUGGCAUCAGCGGAGCCAUUUCCUCAGGUGAAGCUGUGCGACUUUGGGUUUGCACGCAUCAUCGGUGAGAAGUCCUUCAGGAGGUCUGUGGUGGGCACGCCAGCGUACUUGGCCCCGGAGGUUCUCAGGAGCAAAGGCUACAAUCGCUCUCUAGAUAUGUGGUCAGUGGGGGUCAUCGUCUAUGUGAGCCUCAGUGGCACGUUUCCUUUUAAUGAGGAUGAAGAUAUAAAUGACCAAAUCCAAAAUGCUGCAUUUAUGUACCCACCAAACCCAUGGAGAGAAAUUUCUGGUGAAGCAAUUGAUUUGAUAAACAACCUACUUCAAGUGAAGAUGAGAAAACGUUACAGUGUUGACAAAUCUCUUAGUCAUCCCUGGCUACAGGAUUAUCAGACUUGGCUUGACCUUAGAGAAUUUGAAACUCGCAUUGGAGAACGUUACAUUACACAUGAAAGUGAUGAUGCUCGCUGGGAGAUACAUGCAUACACACACAACCUUGUUUACCCAAAGCACUUCAUCAUGGCUCCUAAUCCAGACGAUAUGGAAGAAGACCCUUAAUUCCAAAUGAGCUCACUCAGUGAGGAAACAUUCAUUCUGUGGCCUGAAAUAUAUUGUUCUUUGUAGGUUGUCGUCUGCAAGUGCAAAGACGUGAGGAAACAGACAUCAUCGGCGACACCAACACUGUAGUUCAUAAUGAGUAGGUACAGGAGGGAAACACUCACCAUGAGUCAAGGUGAAGCUUUUUAUAACCUUUUGUAACAUAUGCAA